AUGGCUACCGAUAAAACCAAGGCGAUACAGGAGUGGAAAACACCUACCUCGGUACACGACAUACAGGUCUUUUUGGGAUUCGCAAAUUUCUACCGGAGAUUCAUCCGCGAUUAUUCCAAAGUGGUGUCCCCGAUGACAAACCUGCUAAAGAAGGAUGCCCAGUUUGUAUGGACCACCCCCGCGGACCAUGCCUUUAAUCAACUAAAAGAAGCUUUCACCACGGCACCAAUACUGAAGCAUUUCGACCCCGAACGGGCCUGUAUAUUGGAAACCGAUGCCUCUGAUUUUGUCGCGGCCGCCGUGCUCUCCCAGAAAGAUGACCAAGGAAUCCUACACUCAGUGGCAUUCUACUCUCAUAAGAUGACGCCAGCCGAAUGCAACUAUGAUAUCUAUGACAAGGAGCUGCUGGCGAUUGUCCGUGCGUUUGAGAACCUGGAACACUUCAUGUCCACGAAGAUUCUUAACCGUCGCCAAGCUCGUUGGUCCCUAACGCUGUCUUCCUUCAACUUUGUGGUUACCUACCGACCGGGUACGAAGAAUGGAAAACCUGAUGCCCUCACACGUCGAUCUGGAGAUCUCCCUAAGGAAGGGGAUGAAAGACUGACCCAACAGCAUCAGGUUAUACUCAAGCCAAAGAACCUCCGUCUAGCCGCCGUACUAGAGGUCCCCAAACCCGCCAAGGUAUCACCCGCCCGUCACGAUGAACUGCAGGCUGCUUUAGCCAAUGACCCGCUGUCCAAACAAUUGAUGAAGGAUAUCAUCGCCAAGAAGAAACACUCUCGUUUUCUUCCUAUCGGGGAAUGUGCAAUCAAGGAUGGGUUACUGUACUAUCAGGGCCUACUAUAUAUCCCCGAUGAUGCUACCAUUAAGCUGGAGAUCCUCUGCACCAACCACGAUGCACCUUCGGCCGGACACCCUGGACGCGCCCGCACGCUGGAACUCCUGUCACGAAACUACUACUGGCCCCAAAUGCGAAAGUACGUUGCCCGCCACGUGUACCACUGCGACACUUGUACCCGGAUCAAGCCGGCCCGACACGCUCCUUAUGGCCUCCUCAAACCUCUCGUUCCCCCAGUUAAACCCUGGUCCUCGUUGUCAAUGGACCACGUCACCGGCCUACCAGAGUCCCAAGGAUCCAACGCUAUCCUCGUGGUUGUCGACAGACUCACUAAAAUGGCCCACUAUAUCCCUACUAGAGAUACGGCUGAUGCCCCUGAACUGGCCCGCUUAUUCUUACAAUAUGUCUGGAAAUCUCAUGGACUGCCAAAGGACAUAGUAUCGGACAGGGGCACGACCUUUACCUCGCAGUUCUGGAAAGCACUGUGCAACCAAUUGGACAUCAAACCUCGAUUCAGUACCGCCUUCCACCCACAAACCGAUGGACAGACCGAAAGAAUAAAUGCAAUUAUGGAACAGUACUUGCGGGGAUACGUCAACUAUCAACAGGACAGCUGGGCAGAAUUCCUCCCGCUGGCAGAGUUCGCGCACAAUAAUGCCACCACGGAGCCCUUAGGGGUUAGUCCCUUCCUCGCCAACUAUGGGUAUAAUCCACAACUGGACAUCCUACCCGCCGAAGAAAGACAUGAAUCCACGCCGAAGGAAGUAGUAGAAUUUGCCAACUCGAUCACCACUCUACAGACCGCAUUGCGAUCCGAGAUCCUGUACGCCCAAGCCGCCGCUGCCGAUAGCGCCAACACUACCCGACUUCCUGAACCACGACUAGAAGUAGGGGAUUUGGUAUGGUUGUCGCUAAAACAUAUACGAACUACUCGACCAUCGGACAAAUUGGACCAUAAACGCUCAGGGAAAUUCAAAAUACUCGAGCGCAUUGGAUCUCAUGCCUACCGACUAGAGCUUCCCCCAUCGAUGAAGUCCCAUCCAGUGUUUCACCUCUCCCUACUAGAACCCGCCCAAACGCAGCCUCUUCCUGGCCACAUACAACCACCCCCGCCGCCGGUAAUUGUCGAAGGGGAAGAGGAGUUUGAAGUGCAGGAGACAGGCUACGAACAACCCACCUGGGAACCCGCUCGGAACCUUGAUGCGGAGUUGGGGUCGCUGCAACGUUUUCACUCCCUGUACCCCACCAAACCCGCCUUAGUCCCUAAGAGGAUCCCCCGUGGGAAGGUAUAA